CACUCAGUGUCAACACAGAGAGCCCAGAAGAACUUGCUACACACUUUCUCUCUGUAUUUGCCACCUUCUUUCACAUUUAGCUUCAAGGCUCAGCUUCACAAAGAGCUGUCCAAGAAUGAUGCGACCGAAAGACUUACGCCAGGGCUCUGGCACCAAGACCUUUCUGGACGCCAUGCACGGCGGUAAAGUCCACCUUGCGCGCUUCAUCCUGGACGCCUUAGACGGGCGGAUCAUCAACUCCAAGACGGAAAACAGCCGCACCCCCCUGAUGUACGCCGUCUGCCUGCCAGACUCUGGAACCAGGGCCAAGUUCACCCGGCUGCUGCUCGAGAAGGGAGCGGACGUCAACUGCCAGGAUGAGGACGGCCGCACGGCGCUGAGCCAUGCCUGCGAGUUGGGUCACCUGGACGUGGUCAAACUUCUGGUGCAGUUCAACGCCGACCCCGACAUCUCCGAUGCCUGGGGUAACAGCUCUCUCAUGUAUGCCGCCUUUUCCGGGCACAGCCAGGUCGUAGAGUUCCUGGUCAGGGCUUUCAAAAGACUGGGACUGAGGUUAGACAGGACCAACAACGCCGGCCACUCGGCCAUCGAGGUGGCCAACUUCUUUGGGCACAGCCACUGCGUCCAGAUUCUGAACUUUCCGUGCAGGAGGAGCGUCGGUGCCGACGAUCCACUUGUUGAUGCGGGCAGCACCGUUGAGGGAGAGUGUCGCCUCCCCAACAAGCUGCCCAGGCAUGUUAUCGAGAGGUUUUCCAAGCAGUUAAAUAAUGAAGACCAACUGCCAGGGGUGUUUCAAAGGCAGCUGAAGAUCGGGGACAGCAGCAGACUGUUGAGCCAUUUCCGAUGUCCCAGGAGCCAGUCUCAAGACGACAACCAUCGCCACAGCUGGGCUCUGCCGCCUCAGCUGGAGAAAAACCAGAGUGAGGAGGAUCACAGCGUUCUCUUCUCUGCCAAACAACUGCAAAACUGCCAGCUUAGAGAUCUGAAGGGGGCUAAAACACUUAACUCCGUACUUGAGCCAAGCCAGAAAGAUGUCAGCCGAGGCACAAGACUCCCACAGCAGACCCCGGAGAGUUUCCCUCUGUGGGGAAAGGCGAAGUCAUUUAACCUGGACAUUCUGAGCAGCCGAAAGCAGUCCUAUCAGGGUGAAAUGCGUGACAUAAACCUGUCGGCCAGCAAAUUAAAGAGAGCCUCUCUACAGGAUGAGAGAUGCUUGAUAGACAAGAUAGAAUGUCAGGGAAAUGCUCGGGGCCUGACGAACGACGCUGACAAAAUUGUCACAAUGCCAAAGCCUCUUUUAAGCGGCAAGACUCUGCCCGUGCGACCGCUCAAGGAGGAUGUCAAAUCACGGAGUGAAGAGACUAAUGACACGGCUCCAUCGGGCCGGAGAGAGAAGAGGGGGAGCUUCGGCCCCACGGCGAGGCACAACAAACUCCUCUUUGCCAGGGGGGAGAUGGAUUCGGGCAAAGUCCCCGGCCGUACCCCCGGAUUCAUGGGCCUCGGGACCAGGCUGCUGCGUCGAUUCACAGCGCCGGAGUUCAUGAGGAUGGUGAUAGACUGCUCGUCCAGCUCGUCGAGCGGCAGAGGUCGCAUGUCCCGCUCGGAGACCUUCCCCCUCUCGCACACACACCAGCAGGUCAACAGCCAGCCGAGCGUCGACAGCAUCAGCGGCGUGAAGUGCGAGUUUGAAAGCUGCUCUUCUCAGUCGACCCUCGAUUAGAAUAACGGCGGCGGCGCGCAGCAGACACAGCAGUAGGUGAUUUUUUAACAGCUCUUGAAAUGACAUUACCGUCUAAGUGCUUUGCAAUAAAGCCUGUAUAUUUAUAGAAGUGACAAUCUUUUGCUUUCAUUGCAUUUACAUGUUUUUCAGUCUGUAA